AUGGCUAGUCUAAGGCAAAAGUAUGGGUUUGUAUGCAAGAAUACACUCGAGGCUGGACCUUCUGAGUCGCGUAAACUGAUUCGCUCGGUGAAUAAUGUGCUUAGGAGUAUGUAUAUACCACCAGCUCAUUGUAUCACCGAUAUUUGGUUUGGCCAUGGUGAUUUCACAGAGGAUUUAAUCAAGCUUGCUGUCUCAAAUGCUCAUGCUGCUUUUCGUAUUGGAGACAUAAUUCAUCCUUGCAUCAUCUUAAGACCGUGA